AUGGCUCGACAACCCAACCUCUUCGCCUUCCCCACCGUCGACGCCCUCGCCACAACCCUCCGCGCCUACGUGAUCCAAUGCCAAACCGCCGGCAUCCAACGCCACGACUCCUUCAAAGUCGCCGUCUCGGGCGGCUCCCUCCCCAAGACGCUCGCGCAAGCCCUCCUCUCGAAGCCCACCUCCCCCGAAGACACGGUCAAGUUCGACAAAUGGGAGAUCUUCUUCGCCGACGAGCGCGCCGUGCCCCUCGACCACGAAGACUCCAACUACCGGCUCCUCAAGGACGAACUCCUCGACAAGAUCCCCUCCGAGCUGGGCAAGCCCACCGUCCACCCCAUCGACGUCGCGCACCUGGACGACGUGCAGGAGCUGGCAGAUCAGUACGAGCAGCUCCUCGUGAAGAGCUUUGCGCAGCGCGAUAGCGUCAAGCUGCCCAUCUUCGACCUACUGCUUCUCGGAUGCGGCCCCGACGGACAUACAUGUAGUUUGUUCCCUGGGCAUGCGCUGCUGCGAGAGACCGCUGCGUGGGUUGCGCCGAUUGAGGACUCGCCGAAGCCGCCGCCAAAGAGGAUCACGCUCAGCUUGCCGGUUGUUACACAUGGUGUGAAGAUCGCGUUUGUGGCUACGGGUGGGGGGAAGAAGGAGAUCAUGAAGCAGAUCUUUGAGGGUGGGAAUGGUCUGCCUUGUGCUCUGGUCAAUGAGGGUGCAGGAGAGAGAGCGAGUUGGUUUGUGGAUAACGCUGCUGUAGAGGGUGUCAGUUUCCCACGGAGGGGAAGUCUGUGA